UCUAUGAUUCUGUGAUUCUAUGAAAGCAGGUUGCUCAGGAGCUGACUGCAACACGGCAUGCUGUUGCGUAUAAGUAUAUUUGUUUUAGUUUGUAUGGAUGGAGAGGGCCCUCCUUGUCCUCUGCACUGUGCCAUUUAAUGGGUAUCUGAUAAGAGAAAAGCAUCUGAGCCUUACAAACUGCUGAUGACUCUGUAACAGCCAACAUUAGAGAUCUGCAUUUGUGCAUUUUCUGACUGUGCCAAGCUCUAGGACAAUCUUUUAUUUAUAAUGACAAGGUGUUUAAUGCUAUACUUAUUCUUUUUAAAAUAUCCAUUUAAAAACCCAUCUUUCAGAAAUGGAGCUGUGAUUUUCCCCAGGUCUGAGGAAACAUUUCCCUCUGAAGUCCAUGGAAGUUAGGUAGUCACCAUCUUUGAAAGCAAAAUAAGGUAAAGACACCGUAUUUACCUGCUGAGGGCAGUUAGGAAGAGAGGAGUUUUUCAAAGAAUAAAGCAUGGAGUGAUCCCUGGCACUUCAUGAGGCUUCCUGGAGUCAGGACCCAGGAUUUCACCUACUAUGUAGAUACGUAUUUCUAUUCUUUUUCUUAGAAGUUCUGACUUGGAUUUUCAAAAGAGGCAAAAAAAAACCCAACCCUACAAACCCUGACCAGAAAGGUAAAGGCUUAUUAAAGACAUUUGGCCACGUCUGUCCAAGAAAGCUGGCGCAGCCAUUGGGAAAUGUACACAGCUCCCAGUUAUGUACAGCUGUUCCCCAACACAAGAGUUAUUCUCCUGGGCUGAUCUCCAGGAAGGCUUCCCAUCAAAAUGUUUAUAUUCCAGGUCCAAGUGGUGGCUUUGAUAAAUAUUCAUCCUCUUGCAUAGCAAAAGUAUCUUAGAAAUCUCUCGGUCUUGGAAUCACAUCUUUAAAGUGGGUUUUUAGCUUGUAAAAUACAAAAUGAUGGAUGUUAUGUGAAUAGCUCCCAGGACGGUUUGCAAUGCUAUAGAUCCAUAUCACUCUCAGUGCAUACACUUUCAUUAUGUUUUACAUCUCUCCCAACAGUAUAUAACCACCUAUUUAAGGGAAGCCGGGAAGAUCUGAAGUCAGAGAACAUAGCUAGUGACACUCAUUAAAGCCCCCCCGCAGUGAUAAUCUCUUUCUGUGUAAUGAAACUGUGCUGAGCUUCACAUUGCUUUGCUUUGUCUGUGCAGAUAGUCGCAGCAAUAAUGGCAAUCACAGGAAUCGUAAUGAUGGCAUAUGCAGAUGGUUUCCAGGGUGAUUCAAUUAUCGGGGUAGCAUAUGCUGUUGGAUCAGCCUCUACAUCUGCAUUGUAUAAGGUUUUGUUCAAGAUGUUUCUUGGCAGUGCGAACUUUGGGGAGGCUGCUCACUUUGUUUCCACCUUGGGCUUCUUCAAUUUAAUUUUCAUCUCUGUUACCCCAAUCAUACUGUAUUUUACGAAGGUGGAAUACUGGUCACCCUUCUCUGCUGUGCCAUGGGGCUACCUGUGUGGAGUAGCUGGCCUCUGGUUAGCCUUCAACAUUCUGGUUAACGUUGGCGUCGUGCUUACGUACCCCAUUCUGAUCUCCAUUGGCACAGUGCUCAGCGUCCCUGGGAAUGCAGCUGUAGAUCUGUUGAAGCACAAAAUGAUCUUCAGCGUGGUGAGGUUGGGAGCCACCAUCAUCAUUUGCAUUGGGUUCCUGCUGAUGCUGCUCCCCGAAGAGUGGGAUGAAAUAACCCUGAGGUUCAUCAACAGCUUAAAGGAGAAGAAAAGUGAGGAUCACGCCGACGACAUCACAGACUCCAGCGUACACACGAGAAGCAGAAGCAGAGCCAAUGGCACAGUGUCUAUACCACUAGCUUAGGGCUGGUGGACUGUACUGCACGCAGAUGUAUAUUCUGUGAAUAUAGCUUAAAUUUCCUCACUCCUUGUAUGCUUAAAAAUGCCAUUUACUCUGAACUGGGUAUGAGUUGUAAGAUAAGAGAGUUAGAUCUAUAAUAAAUGUUUACAUUUAUACACUUACCAAGGAAAGGGUG